AUGCAGGCCAAGAGAGCAUCACGAUCACAACCACCAUCGCCAGCCUCGAACAAUCGAAAACGGAUGAUCAAGUUGCAUGAACCUUGGGGAAAGGAAGUAAAGGGGCGCAGCUCCAUGUCACGGAGGUACAGAAUGAAUAUCCCCCCUAGCCUUCGGGGGCGUGGGCAUGAUGCCCAGUGUGGCUGGCGAAGCCCUCACACAGGCACCCCCAGGCCUGCUACACCACCAACGACCACCGGAACCCCCUUGCCUGGCACCGAGAGCCCAGGAACUCUACAGGGGCAACUGACCACUCCCUCAAUGGAGCUUGAAGCUGGGCUCCGCACGGGCACCACCGUGGCGCCUUCCCGGGUGCUCAUGAAGCCCAGAAAGAGGCACACGCCCUGGAAACCCUAUGAAGUCCCUGGAAGCCUCAGAGGGAAACUUCUCACCCCCUUCAGAGAGGAAAUUAAAGCCAACCUCAAGUCAUAUGCCUCAGGCCUAGAGCAGGCUCUGAGAGCGGAAUUCGAAGUCCUUAGAAGCGAGAUUGGUACAUCCAUGGAAGCCCUUGAGGGGCGCCUCUCAGCCUUUGAAACUCAAGCCAACACUCAGUUGGAAGCUCUAGAGGCCAAGCUGGCCCUCUUUGACCCCCGAGACCUCCCUUCUGAGCAGCGAAAACCCCCCAGGCGCCCGCAGCACCCCCAAUGGCGUCUUCUCGCCUAG